ACAGCCACACACUGAUCUUUUAACAGCAGCAUGAGAGAGCUGCAUGACUCUGGGGAGUGAGCAACUGCAUGGAGGGGCCACAGUGAGCACCCCAUAGGGGCAACAUGGCAGAGAAACUGUAAGACAAGGCAAGAAAAAAAAGAAAGAAAAAGAACAUCAGAAAAUGGAUAACAACAAAAUCCCACUGUGUCCCACCCAUCUCCCUCUCAGUGAUUUUGAGGUCAUGAUCUUCCCAGCGACUAAGUUGUGAGUGUGCUGACGGAGCACUGGACAACUCUUGAGGACCAAUGCCCAGUGUGGUGAGGACAGUGAUUGCACUAUGUCUGUUAGGAGACUUCUCUGCAUCUCCUGUCUACUGCCUCUCGCAUCCCUCCUGGAGGAAAUUCUUCUUGAUACAACUCAGGAAACCUCAGAAAUUGGUUGGACCACCUACCCAGAGGGAGGGUGGGAUGAAGUUAGUGUCUUAGAUGGCCAACGACGACUCCUGAGGACUUAUGAAGUCUGCAAUUCAUAUGCACAACGUUCUAACCAGACUAACUGGCUGCGCACUGGAUAUAUUAAAAGUCAAGGAGCCAGGCGAGUGUUCAUAAAGCUGCGCUUUUCUGUCCGAGAUUGUGCUAGUCUGCGGCCACCCCCCAGAAGACAUCAUCUGGCAUGCAGGGAAACAUUUACCCUUUAUUAUCGUCAGGUAGACAAAGAAAUGCAGGAUGAGAAACUGGAAUGGACUGAAGAUGCAUGGGUUAAAGUGGAUACUAUUGGAGCCGGAAAAAGUUUCACAAGGGACCCAGCGAAGGGAGGCCUAGGACCUCGAAUGGACGAAAAGACUUUGGACUUUGGACCAGUUAACAGGAAUGGAUUCUACUUGGCCUUUGUAGACUCAGGAGCUUGCCUCUCAUUAGCUGGUGUAAAAGUCUAUUUCAAUAAGUGUCCAGCAACAAUAAGGAGCUUGGCAUCUUUUCCAGAUACUCCUUCAAGUGGGGAUGGAGGGGCAUCAUUGGCAGAAGCCACAGGAACUUGUGUUAUUGGAGCCCAACCAGUGGGUGCAACUCGCCUCAGUCUACACUGUGGAGGGGAGGGAGAAUGGAUGGUUUCUAUUGGGAGCUGCACCUGCAGUCCUGGAAGAGAGGAAAACGAAGAUGGGACUGAAUGUCGAGCCUGUCCUCCUGGGUCCUACAAUGCCCCUGACUCUUCGACCAAUCACUGCCAUCUCUGCCCCAGUAACAGCAACACAACAAGCUCUGGGGCGCUUAGCUGCCAAUGCAACCCAGGAUUUCACCGCACCCCCGAGGAGCUCCCACACUCCCCCUGCACUGGACCACCUUCAGCCCCAUGGGAUUUAAAUUAUGAAGUAACAGGUCCCGGGACAAUUUCUCUUACAUGGAGGACCCCAAAAGACAUGGGUGGCCGGAAAGAGGUCUUAUUUUCUGUAGCAUGCAAGGAAUGUAUGACUGGACGUUGUUUGCGCUGUGGUGAUGGAGUAACAUUCAGACCUGGUCAAGUAGGAAUACUGCAAACUAGAGUUUACCUCUCCGGACUGUUGCCCGGCGUGGCAUAUACUAUGGAGAUCCAAGCUGUGAAUCAGGUGUCCGAACUGAGUCCUGAACAGCCCAAGCACGCAUCACUGAACCUCAGUAUCAGCCAAUCAGUCCCAUCUGCUGUCCCUUUAAUACAUCAGGUUAGUCGGUCUACGCAGAGCAUCACAUUAUCCUGGCCAGAACCAGAACAGCCCAAUGGGAAAAUCCUUGAUUACCAGCUGCGAUACCGGGAGAAGGCAGAUGAAGGAGAAUCGCUCUCUCUAAUCAGUGAAACAAACACUGCAACAGUUGGAGGUCUGAACCCAGGGGCUAUUUAUUCCUUCCAGGUGAGAGCGAGAACCGAGCGUGGCUACGGAGCCUACAGCGGAAACAUGUACUUUCAGACUCUGCUGGGAGGUGGAGUACAGACAGAGCUAUCACAGGAUAAACUCCCUCUCAUCGUGGGCUCCUGUCUUGGUGCUUUAGCUUUUAUCGGGUUAUCCAUUAUUCUUGUCCUAAUUCUCCUUUUCAAAAGUAAAAGACGAGAGACUCCAUAUACAGAUAGACUGCAGCAUUACAUCAGUUCCCGAGGGCUGGGUGUAAAGUAUUACAUUGACCCCUCUACAUAUGAAGACCCUGCAGAGGCCGUUCGGGAGUUUGCUCGUGAGAUUGAUGUUUCCUUUGUGAAGAUUGAGGAAGUUAUUGGUGAAGGAGAUUUUGGCGAUAUGUGUCGGGGACGGCUGUGCCUUCCAGGUAAACGAGAGCAAACCGUCUGCAUUCGUACAUUGCGCACAGGAAGUGGGGACAAGGAGAAGGGAGAGUUUCUGAGUGAAGCCAGCAUCAUGGGUCAAUUUGAACAUCCCAAUGUAGUGCGCCUCGAAGGAGCUGUGACCCGGAGCCGUCCAAUCAUGAUCCUCACUGAACAUAUGGAACAUGGCCCACUUGAUGCCUAUCUUAGGCAAUGUGAGGGUGGCCUCUCAGCUCUGCAGAUGGUCUCCAUGCUACGUGGUGUAGCAUCUGGUAUGCGUUAUCUUUCAGAUAGAAAUUAUACUCAUCGUAAUCUGGCUGCUCAGAGUGUCUUGGUGAAUGGACAGCUGGUGUGCAAAGUGUCUGGACUUCGUGGACCUGGAGACGUGGGUGGGAGACAAUCCUUACGUUGGAUGUCUCCUGAAGCCCAUAAACAUCACAAGUUCUCCAGUGCGAGUGAUGUGUGGAGUUAUGGAAUUGUUAUGUGGGAAGUGACUUCGUAUGGCGAGCGACCCUACUGGGACAUGAGCAACCAAGAGGUUUUGGAUGCCCUGGAUCAGGAAUAUCGCCUUCCACCUCCCCCAGACUGCCCCAGUGCCCUGCAUCUAUUAAUGCUUGACUGCUGGCAACGUGAUCGCUCAAAAAGACCUCGUUUUGAACAGAUUGUCAGCUCAUUGGACAGAAUGAUUAGGAAUCCUAAUUGUUUAAAAACUGUAGGAGUUUCAAGUAGCAGACCAUCACAGCCACUCCUCAGUAACUGCCAGCCGGACUUCCCUUCUUUGUCCUCUCCACAUGAGUGGCUUGAAGCAAUCAAGAUGGAAAAAUACAAGGAAAACUUUGACAAAGCUGGUUAUACAACACUAGAAAUUAUUUCACGCCUUACUGCAGAAGAUAUCAGGCUUAUUGGAGUAACACUUUCUGGACACCAGAAGAAAAUCAUGAGCAGCAUCCAGCUCUUGAAAGCUCACCUUCAGCCUCUAGAGCCCGUCGAAGUCUGAGAAACAAAGUCAGAUGCAGCAACAAUAUGACUUACACACAAGAUGCAGACUAGUGGACAACAUUAUGGUAUAAACAUGAAGGCAAUACAAUUUUACAAGGCAUUAACCAACAGUCAAGGUGAUCAACGUAGGGACAAGUGAUAAAUUAUUGAAUAAAGCGUUGAUGAAAAGGUAUUGACUAUUGUUGGGAUUUAUUUCAGGAGGACUUCAAAAGAUAUUCUAGGCACCAAAUUCACUUCAUCUUAUUAAAGUGUUAAUUGUACCUGCGACCACCUGGAGCUGUUCCACUGUUCAUUGUUAAACUGUUUUCAAUUGGUUGGACACUGAAUGAGGGUCACUGGGUGCCAACCCUCUCUCUUCUGCUCAGACUAAUGUUUUGCAUGUUGCAGUUGAUGGCUGGUAUGAGUUGGUAGAACAAUAUCCUUCAUAUUACUCAUAUCCUCUAGUGGCAGUGGGUUUGGAAGGGAGAACCAACAUAUGCACAUUCAUCAUCUAGGUUGGAUUUACAGUGAACAGUGGGAUAGUACCAAGAGACAUCUAACACCACAACCAUUUCAAAACUGCUUAGAGUGUCAGUUUAACUAACACAUGGACACUCAUGAGUAAAGACUGGUUAACAUGUAACUCUGAUGAGUAGACAUUGGCUGACAGGGAGAUAAAUUAUUUUGUUUGCCGCAUAGUCGCAGCAUGUGGGACAUUGACUGACACAUUUGGCAGACACAGAUGAGUAGUUGAUGAC